AUGGUUAAUCGUGCUUUUCUUUUAUGCCUCUUUUUGGCCUUCUGCAUUGCCAUGGUUAGCAGUGUUCCUGUGAACUCACAAUCAACUGACGUUUCUUCAAGCGACGCAGGUGACAUAGCGUCCAAGCUUGCUUCAGCAAAGAAAGCACUUGAGGCUUCCAAACUUGCUACAGGACAAGGAAAUGAACUUAUUGAUGGUCUCUUAGAACUAAUCAAUGGGAUCAUAGGUCAAAUAGAUACAAAUAUGACGAUUAAAACACUCACUCUUAUUAAUUGAUUAUCGUUCUUUCUUCUUCUCGUCCUUCUUACUUGGUAUCCUGGAUAAUGACUAUUACUGAAUGAUACUACGAAAAGUGGCUAUCCGUCUGGAUCAGCGAAAUGGAUGAACAGGAUGUAUUAUAGGAUUCAAUUGGAUUUGAUUUACAAAUCAAUUAGAGAUAUCUUCUUGGUCUUUUUAUCUUAUUCUGGCUUAAAGCGUUAGUGAUUCUUUUUACUAUCACACUUAGUAUACAAUUUACAUUCUUUUUGUUUAAUAAAAUUAUAUUCAUUGUCACUAUUUACAAUCA